CACCCAGCACCAUUAUCCAGCACCGUCACACCCAGCACCAUUAUCCAGCACCAUCACACCCAGCACCAUCACACCCAGCACCAUUAUCCAGCACCGUCACACCCAGCACCGUCACACCCAGCACCAUUAUCCAGCACCAUCAGACCCAGCACCAUUAUCCAGCACCGUCGCACCCAGCACUUUCCGAGGGUCUCAUGCAUGACGUGUCUCUCAUGCCUAGGAGUUGCAGGUUGCUGUCACACGACGCUGGUGACCCCUGCUGAGCCCCGAGUACCGCCCCCUGGUAGCGCUGGCAGCGAUGUCGCGUGCGGGCGCGGUGCCGUCCGCCGGUGCUGCCGACGUUCCGCUGCUGUCGCCCUCCAUCACUGUCGACAGAAUCCGCAGGAUCUUCACUCCGCCAGCUCCCAUGAGGCUUUACAACCUUGGCGCCAUUCAGCAGCAGCAGGAGCAGCAGCAGCAGGAGCAGCAGCAGCAGGAGCAACAGGAGCAGCAGGAGCGCGACGGCGCCCAGCCAGCGUCCGUCACGCCCGUGCAUUCCGAGAGGUUCGCCGAGAUGCGGCUGAAGUUUGAGUGUGGCGCAGGGAGGGGAGCGACGACUUCCGCGCCGCCGGCGCCGCUUCCGCGUCGCGGCUCGUCGCGUUCUUGCGCCGGCACCCCCGCCUCCUCGCCGUCGCCACCGGCGUCGUCGCCGUCGUCGCCGCUGUCCCUGACGACGUUGGCGAUAAAGGUCGGGUGCCAGGCCCUCGCCACGGCAGGCCAGGACGUCGUUCCCGGCGCGGACUCCGCGGGCGCCGGCCCCGACGCGGCCCACCGGAGGGACGACGCCGGGGUACGCGCGGUCGCCGCCCGCUACCCCGCCGACCCCGCGCCGCGCGCGCUCCCACGGAAACGCGGGGGGCCGAGCGAUGGAGGAGCGCGGCGGCAAGCGACAUCGAUCCCGCGCGCCAACGGCGUCGUCUCGGCAAGCGGCGCCGGUGACCCCCGAACUACUCCGAUCGCCGCUCGCGGACUCCCCGCCAGGUCUCGCCUCAACUCGGGCCCCAUCUCCAAGCGCCUGUCCGGCUUCAUGCAGGACGACAGCUCUUCCGACGGCGACGACGGCGAUGCCGACGAGGCCCAGGGCGGCCGAGCGGACGAGCCCGCACGAGAUCCCGCAGCCGCCGCCGCCGGGCACCGUGACGACGCUGCGACGGGACCACCCGGUGCCGCCGGCCGAGGACGCCCGCGCUCCGCUGGCGCAGAGGAGGGCCAGGUUCUGGGAAACUCCUCCUCUUCGACGGCGAUGUCGUCUCCCGACGGUUCUCCGGUCUCCAAACUGGGCUCCAUCGCAGAAUGCGACUUGGGUGCCAGCGACUGUGUCGGCUCCCCCGUGUUCACGGAGCACGGGGAGCGGUCGCCCUCGCACCACCAGCACGACCGGGGGGGGGAGGAGAGGGCAGCGACCGUGGAGGACAGGGCAGCACCCGGGGCAUCUGCAGACCACGGCCAACGCCGCACCAAAGAGGGCGUCCCGGUCGGCGUGGAGGCGAGAGGUUCGAGGGAGCGUGAGGGAAGAGAGGCGGCGCUGCCUCAGCCGCACGCAGAGGCUCGAGGCGCGACCCCUACGACGGCCGGCGACCUCCGUCAUGAAACGCCGUUACACCAGGCAACGGGGGCAAUGCCGGGAGAGCCGCCUGUGACCACAACCCCUGCCAAGGCUGUGACUCUGGCCGUGACCCCCGCAAUGACCCCAGCAGUGACCGUGACCCCGACGCUGACCAAGACCACGACUUUAAUUGCGACCUCAGCCUUGAACACAAACUUGACCACGUCUGCAGCUCCAGCCAAGACGGUCCCCCUGCUCACGACCCCAGUGAUGACCAAAAGUGUGACCGUAAUCCCAAUUACGACCUUGACCAUGAAUUCUGCAAUUUCUGCCACCGCAAUUAUAACUUCGACCUCACCCUUAACCGUAGGCGACGUGACCCAAAGUACGACCGUGACGCCAGCGGGCCCAGCCCAAGCAAGCCCUGUCAGCCAGGGCGUGUCCACCGAGCACAACCACCGGUACCGUGGCAGCGGAGAGGCAGGCAGAGACGAUGGUUGCCCCAGAGAUGCAACCGAGGAAACCGGGGUUGAUGGUGCUGGGGAGGAGGAGGAGGAGCCAAGGUUUGGGGGUCCCAGUGGGACCCAGUGCCUAGAGAUCCCCGGCCUUGGUGAAGAGCCAGGUGAAGCCUUGAUGCCAGGCCGCAGGGUGCACUUCAGCCACAAGCCAAUCAAGGUGUUCGCCACGUUCUCCACCGAGCGGUACGAGCGCAGGAAACGCGGACGUGGACCCCGUGCGCGCGUCAGCCGAGAUGGAGCUGGAGACGCGAAUGGAGGCGCUGGACGUGCAGCAGAUUGCGCUGCAGAAGGGAUCUGCGAGAUGGACCAGAUCUUGGCGGUUGACAGCACGAGUCUCGUCGGGGCUUCGCAGGAAGUCGCCACCCGCGUCCUCCAAAGCACCGGGGAGACGGUGAGGCUUGUGAUUGGACGAGAGAAGGGAGCACAUGUUGUGGGUUCAGAGGGCAACUCGGAACUUUCUGUGAAGUACAAAGAGCUGCUGAUCAGAUUUGCUGCCGUCACUAACGAGGUGAAGGCGCUCAAGAAAGAGGUGUGCGAGGCGGAGGCGGCGCAGGCCAAGGGCGAGCGCCAGCGCUACCUGCUGCAGACGAAGCUGAAGGAGGAGCGGCGCCGGGGAGAGGCGAUGGAGACCGUCAUGGCCACCAAGGCGGAGGAGGCAGAGAGGCGCCACCGGGAGUUGCUGCGGCGCUACCGGCGCGCAGUGGCGCUGCUCGCGCCGGCGCUGAUCAGGCGAGUUCGUUCUGUCUGGAGAUGAUCUGAAAAUCCGAAACGUUUGAAUCCGAAACGCACCCCUCGUGCACGCACGGCCGAUGA